AUGCAUGCUCUGCGCCGUUGUUUCCCGAGGAUAUUGUCUUCUCGUUCUCAGCGUCUUUCCUUAAUUCCUCACCAUACGCGUCCUCUCUCGAAACAACCGUCACUUGGACGGGAUGCAAAAGCCAGACAUGACUUGAUAUUUCCCAACUCUCCUACGACCAAACACCACGACCUGGCGUCAUUUCUGAUCUAUGCUGAACGUGCGGGACUCGACAUAUCGUCAACUGUAUACGUGGGAACCCACUAUGAGUACACUGUCUCGUCGGCUCUCACACAGUAUGGCAUUCAUACUGAACGAAUAGGCGGCACCUCAGACUACGGUAUUGAUCUUCUUGGCAUUUGGAAGCUACCACGACAGAAAGACAAUAUGAGAAUUAUCAUACAGUGCAAGGGUGGUUCACAGCGAGUCAGCCCUGCACUCAUUCGCGAGCUGGAAGGCUCCUUCAUCGGCGCCCCCGUCGGCUGGCGUGGAGAAGGGGUCAUCGCCCUUCUUGUCAGCGAGAAGACAUCAAGUAAGGGAGUACGUGAGGCUAUUGGGCGAAGUCGGUGGCCGAUGGGCUUCAUCUCGUGCUCCAGGGAUGGUGUAGUUCAACAAAUGCUCUGGAAUCAGCGGGCAGAGGAGGAGGGCUUGAGAGGUGUAGGCGUUGCGAUACGCCAUCCCGAAUCCAAGGGUGGGCAGUCGCAAGUUGUAUUGACAUACCAGGGUAAAAGUCUUCAACAGCAUCCUGAUAAGAACGUAUCGAAUGCUGGUUGA